AUGGACCCCACCCCCGUCAUGGGAUGCUUUCCUUCCAAAGCAGCGUCACCUGGUUCCUCGACCAGCAAAAAUCCCCCACCAAGCAAAAAGAAUACCAAGGCAACAACCGCAAAGCCGUCAACUAACACACCGGAACGCCCAACGCCACGAGUGUCCCAGCCCGCUGUCGUCCCAAACCUCGUGGUGUUUGGGGAGACUGGCGCAGGCAAGAGCUCUUUCAUCAAUAUGCUCGCCGGUCGUGAUGUCACCAAAGCCUCCAGUUCGGCCAAAGGUGUCACCUCCAAGAACUUGGAAUUCAGCCUCAAGAUCGAGAACCAGGAUUACCGGAUAUGGGAUACCGCUGGGCUGAACGAGACUGACAAGGGAACGGUUUCGUCGCAGAAGGCGCUCGAGAACUUGCGAACCCUUAUUCAAAACCUUGCCCAGACAUCCAGCGGCGUCAACCUGCUCAUCUAUUGCAUAGCAGGACAGGGAUUCAGCGAGAUUCUCCGAAUCAAUUUCGAUUUGGUUUGGGGAAUCAUGUGCCAAGCUCGUGUUCCCAUCUUGAUAGUGAUAACGAAGCAGGAGCUCGCCGAGGGUGACAGCUGGUGGAAAACGCACUCAUCACGGCUGUUGCUUCCAGGGAUUGCCGCACAGCACCUUCAGCACUUACCGAUUGUCGCGACCAAAGGGAAGGAUAACCGAUACGCUUCCCAGUACGAGAAGUCGUGUGUCGAGGUGAAGAAACUUAUUCGACAAAUGGUGAACGGUCCGGGAUGGAAGCCGCCACCCUCCACAUGGCCGGUAGUACGGAAACAGAUGGCGGCCUAUGGUAACCAGAGGAAGGCCUCGAAGAAGGGGGAGGAUCGGAAACUAGUAGUAAAUAAUUACAAAACGUCCAGUACUACUAAGGUCAAUAAAACGAAGCGGUAG